AUGGAAGGAUCUGACCCUGAAUCGGCUGACAGCUCCAAUAUUCCUCCAAACAAUGGUUCAGCUGUUACGCCCUUGGAUUCGGGAGCUGACGCUCACAUUUUCAUUGCCGGCAGACUUUUACUCCUUACUGCCCCUUACUUGCGCUUUUGCGUGUGGCAGCAGCAGCAACAGUGCCUCGCUGGCGUGCGACCUUCAAUCAGAGCUUCUGCAUCUUCAAUAUACAAGGACUAUGGCGCCUUGGGCUUUUGGCGAGGUUCCUUUGCCACUAUCCUUCGGGUGGCCCCGGGGACCGGUAUUUACUUUGCAGCUUUGGGGCCAAUGAUGAGUACAUGGGAGGGUGUAGCGCCUCUUCUAAAGACCCUACCGCUGGAGCGCCUAACCGACACGCCCCUAGAACUGGACCCAAACGUCGUUCCUGCGUGGUAUCUGGGUUUCAUUUCCGGCGUAGCCAGGGGAGCUGCCGUGGCUAUUUUCAAUCCGAUUUCUAUUGUAAAAACCAGAAUGGAGUCGUCCUUGGGAUCUGGAGGCAUGUCGCAAGCUUUUUUGCAGCUGCUCCGAAACGAACGCCCUCUUGACUGGUUCCGAGGAACUUUCGCUACAAUUUGCCGCGAUUUCCCAUUUUCAGGGCUGUUCUUUGUCGUCUACGUGAACUUGAAAAGCCAUAUGGGCGUGGAAGCAGACUCCCGAGAGCGCGUCAGUUGCUAUGCAUUGCAGAACUUCGGUUGUGGAGCCGUCGCAGCAGCCACAGCCUCCGCUAUCACCCACCCAUUCGAUGUGCUGAGGACGCGACUACAACUGGAUGGGGUAGCUUCUUCAGCAGGUAUGACCUCUUCGACAGCAGCUCAUUCUAGCGUUCAGGGCAGUGACCGGCAGGCAACGGCACAGAGAGGGCUCUUUCGUCGAGUCGCACAGUUAGCGAGGGACGAAGGACCCGGUGUCUUAUGGCGUGGCCUUGGAAUGCGGCUGCUGAAACGCAGCCUCAUGGCUGCACUAACUUGGACUUCUUUCGAAGAAAUAAAAUCAGCCAUUUCAGGCCGUUCCUAA